AUGAUGCGGCGUGCUUGUUUUCUAGCGGGACCUUAUGCACCCCGAACUCGUGAUCGGACAAGCUCAAGUUGUCUGUGGCACAAAGACCGGCUUGCACGGAUGCCAGUUAGUAGACGAGGGACGGAGCUUUGGCGCACCGCUGCUCGGGCGCCGCGACUCUGCCUAUCCGCUGAACGUCGCGGCGACUUCAAGGUCGGUGACCGGGUGCGUGUGACGCAGUCUGUGAUUAUGUACCACACGCCGAUGAGUAAGGGACAACCACAUGAUGUGCGUGGUCUCGAAGGAGUCGUAACCAAGUUCGUUGACGAGUACCAGGGGGUGCCGAUCUCAGCGACUCGACCUAUCCAGGUCAUGCUCGAGGGUAGUAAGAAGUUUAUCGCUCAUUUCGAAGCGAGUGAACUGGAAAAAGUUGCUUAG